UAGCAGCGGACCGGGCGUGACUUUGCGAACCACUUGAUCUUGUACUUCUAGUUCUCUCGCAAUUCUUACCCCCUCUUUAAUCAAAUAUCAACCAGCCAGCUAGAUACAAUGUCCACCAACUGCAGGAGACGGCUUAUCCGUGACUUCAAACGUCUCUCUAGUGACCCGCCAAGUGGCAUUUCUGGAAGUCCAUGUCCAGAUAACAUCAUGAUCUGGAACGCUGUAAUAUUUGGGCCUUCUGAUACACCCUUCGAGGACGGCACAUUCAAACUUCUGCUCACGUUUGAUGAAUCUUACCCCAACAAGCCGCCUACAGUGAAAUUCCUUUCCAGAAUGUUUCAUCCAAACGUAUAUAACAAUGGCGAGCUCUGUCUGGACAUUCUACAAAACCGCUGGUCUCCCACAUAUGAUGUCGCUGCCAUCCUUACUUCCAUCCAGAGUCUACUGCAUGACCCUAAUCCGAACAGCCCAGCAAAUGCAGAGGCUGCGCAGUUGUACCGAGAAAACAUGAAGGAGUACGUGAGAAGGGUGAAAGCCACAGUGGAGGAUAGCUGGUUAGAUCCAGAAGAGAAGCAGAAGAUGAUAGUCGAUGGCGACGGGGAAGGUAGUACAGAGUCUGCUGCCUGACGUAUCCUUUUGUUUGGUUUUUGCACUCACGGACAACUUCUGCAAUCUCUGUUGUUUCGUUUCGGUUUACCAGAUUUAAUUUAAUGAGGUUUGUGUUCGGACUCCUUGUAAAUUGUCAUCUCGAUCAUA